AUGAACGAUUCUGUUUUUAUGGAGGAGAUGUGUUCUCGCCCGGUGAAGACGCCGAAGUUAGACAAAAAGGCCAUCGUUGAACCAAAACCAUCUUCCACAUACGCGAGGCUAAAGGGUUGGGAGCCAGAGAAGGAUGAGUAUAUACGACAGUAUCUCUUGUUUCACUGUCAAUUCUAUGAAACCAAGGGUUUCGGGAUUGAGUGGGAGAAAUUUGAUUAUUUUUUCGAUCUUUGCGACCCUUACGAUGGAGCACCGUCAUUACCGUCAAGAACUAACAAGACCAACGAGGAAGUGAUUAAGGAGCUGACGCAGCUUGCCAUUUCCAAUCACAACCAAGAGAAUGGAACAAACAUUGUGUUGGUUGAGCACGUCUCGGCGAAUUUCCGGUUUACUGCCUAUAUGGCACACUGGAUCACAUUCCUGGCUCUAGACAUGUCUUGCCCUCGUCCUGUGCCGAAACUCUACCAAGCUAAAGUAUUAAGGUUUUGUGGUGUUUAUCAGUUUCCCAUCUUCAGGGUCCAACCCACACACGAAGAGAUGAUGGCGGCUCCUGUUCACGUUAAAACUCCAUUUCCCAUGCAUUAUGACCUAGACAAACCUCCCGUUGUCUUCCGUCGAGCUCGUCGCGGAGAAGAUCCCGUGCCAGGAACUCCCUUUGUUUUCACUCGAGAUGGCGGCGGGGAAUAUGACUCUGACAUAGAGUCUGAUGAUGAUGAAUGGAUCUACGAGUAA